UUUCAUUUUCUAAUUAAAAUAUCAGUGAACCCAGUGAAAAAUGAAAAAAAUACUUCUACUUUUUUUAUGCUUUUUGACAUGUUGUCUCGCUACUCCUUAUGACUACCAUGAAAGAAUCGGUGUUCCUAGAGCAACUGAAUUGCGUGAUGCUGAAAUGAAGACCUGGGUGUCGAGGAUUAUUGGUGGAAACCAGGUUGAGAAUAUGAUUCCGCAUCAGGUAGGCAUCAUAGUAAUGCUAACAACUGGCUGGACUUCAAUCUGUGGUGGGGCGCUGGUCUCCAACAUCAGAGUCCUCACAGCAGCCCAUUGCUGGUACGACGGUCGCAGUCAAGCCAGGCUCUUUACUCUGGUCUUCGGGUCUACUACAAUCUUCUCGGGUGGCACCAGGGUACCGACUUCGAACGUUGUCGUCCAUCCUUCUUGGAAUACUGUUGAUGUGACCCAUGACCUUGCUAUGGUGCACAUGCCUAGUGUUGUUUUUAGCAAUACUAUUAUGCCGAUUCCCUUGCCGACAAUGGAGGAGGUGAAUGACAACUUUGCUGGACUUGAUGCUAUCGUAUCAGGUUAUGGAAAAACUAGUGACGCCCAAAACAGCUUUCCAAUCACAACCUCUCUGUAUCAUACCACUGUGAGAAUAAUUACGAACGCGGACUGUCAGAGUAGCUUCAAUAACUAUAAUUUGCACGUUGGCCAUCUUUGUACCAGCGGGCAGGGAGCUGUUGGUACCUGUGACGGGGAUUCCGGCGGGCCCUUGACUGUUGUGAGAAAUUCUAGGAGAAUUUUGGUGGGCAUAGUGUCCUUUGGGCCCGGUGAAGGAUGCGAGCAGGGUCUACCCUCUGUCUACACCAGGGUAACUGCUUUCCUCAGCUGGGUUCAAGCUAACUUGUAAACAUUUAAUAAAAUUUAUUGCCCAA